CUUUUGAUUACGUUAUAGGUACCCGCCAUUUUGAUUCGCAAACGUGACAGAUAUCCUUUGGGUGCCUUCCUGCCGAAAUAUUUCACCCGGACAGCGUCGACGCCGAGGGCGCGACACAGAAGCGCGGCGGGGCCGAGAGCCGUGUGCAGCGACACCGUCAAAGGACGUUGCAAUCCGGGUGGGGAGAAGGACGGCGGCUCCCGAGCUGACAAAACGGCCCAUCCACGGGCCUCCGGCGUGUCACCCGAGAGACCAAACUUUUAGAUGACGCCUGGUGGCAGCACGGUAACGGUCGCUUCGGGGAGUAAACAAAUGUCACGGUUGAUGUCAAUAUCUCCCGGGUUUGUGUGUGUGAAUUUGCUGACACUGAUGGAUGUCCAGGCCGUGCAUUGUCAAUAAGGCAAAUGGCUGUUUAGCAAGAUCCGACUGAGGAAACUGCUCCUUGUCCGUAUUUAAGUGUGUGUGCUUGUGACGUUAGCCAUGUUUUGGAAAUUUGACUUGCACACGUCGUCUCAUCUGGAGGCUCUACUGAACAAGGAGGAUGUCACGCUCAUUGAGCUAAUGAAUGAGGAAGAUGUGUUGCAGGAGUGCAAGGCCCAGAACAGAAGACUUCUCUCGUUUGUGAGCCAGGACCAUUGCAUGCAGGACCUUGUCCGUAUGAUUACUACAGAGCCCCCUGCCGGUGUACAGGAGACAAAGCGCUUCAAAUAUCCAAACAUAGCCUGUGAGCUUUUGACGUGUGAUGUGGGAGUGAUCAAUGAUAAGCUGGGUAAUGAUGAGCCUCUGCUGGAAACGCUGUAUGCCUUCCUGGAGCAGCCGUCCCCACUUAACCCCCUCCUGGCAUCUUUCUUUAGCAAGACAAUUGGAAACCUCAUCACACGGAAGACCGAGCAGGUGAUUAGUUUCCUGCGACGGAAGGAGGGAUUCCUUUUGUUGGUGCUGAAGCAUAUUGACACAUCCGCCAUGAUGGAUGUCCUCCUAAGGCUCAUCAGCUGUGUCGAGCCACCUCCUCUUAGGCUCGAGACACUUAUUUGGCUGAAUAAAGAGAAGCUGGCACAGAGACUCAUAGAGCUCAUUCACCCUGAGAGAGAUGAAGAGAGGCAGUCCAAUGCGUCUCAGACUUUGUGUGACAUCAUUCGUCUGAGCAGAGACCAGGCCAAUCAGCUUGCAGAGAUUUCACAGCCUGACCCGUUGCUGACUGUGCUGGAGUCGCAGGAGUGUGUGGAGCAGUUGCUGCAGAAUAUGUUCUCAGCCAAAAGUACUGAGAGCUGUAUCAUCAAUGCAAUUCAAGUGAUUCUCACAUUACUGGAAAUCAGGAGGCCUGUAGUGGAUGGUGUCAUGGAUGCUCAGGGAUUUGAGAGAAGCUACACCGUAAACAGCAGCAUUUUGUUAGCUAUCCAACCACACCUAGUACACUUCCACCAGCUACUUCUGGAGCCACCCAAGCGGAAUCCCAUGCUGACUUCUCUGGGUGUGCUAGAGGAACCAUUGGGGAACACGCGCCUUCACGUAGCCAGACUGAUGGCCUCUUUGUUGUACACCAGCUCUGCCAGUCACGCUGUAGUAGCACAGGAACUCUGCCGACUCAAUACAAUGCACCUGCUUCUGGACUUGUUCUUCAAGUAUACGUGGAACAACUUCCUGCACCUCCAGGUAGAGCUCUGUGUUGCUGCUAUUCUCCGGCCAUGUGCCCAUGAAAUGAGACUUCAGCCUGGCACGGGAGCCCAGGACAAAUCCAAUUCGCCACAGGGUGGCUCACAGGAGCAGGCUUCGACUGAUGCCCUUUCUGAACCUUUAGCCCCCCCUGAAAACUCUGCACAUAAUCUAAUGGUGACUCAUUUGUUUCAGCAUUGUCACCUUGUGCAGAGGAUUCUGGAGGCCUGGGAAGAGAAUGAUAAGAUGCAGUCAGAAGGUGGCAUGAGAAGAGGAUACAUGGGACAUCUGACCAGAAUUGCCAACACCGUAGUCCACAACCUGGAGAAGGGCCCAGUUCACACACAGAUUAGUAGUCUCAUUACAGAGCUGCCAGAAGACUACAGAGGGCGCUGGGAAACCUUUGUGGACCAGACCCUGUCGGAGACUAAUAGGAAGAACACUAUAGACCUGAUUGGUACGGGAAACCCACGUUCUUCUUCCGAGGAUGACAUGGAGAGCCCCUUCCCAAAAGAACUGACUCUACAGCAGGCCUUUUCAGACUACCAGAUCCAGCAGAUGACGGCCAACUUUGUGGAUCAGUUUGGCUUCAAUGAUGAGGAGUUUACUGAUCAUGAUGACAGUAUUGGAGCAACGUUUGACCGAAUUGCAGAGAUCAAUAUAAACAUUGAUGCAGAACAGGACAACUCUAAUACAGCUGUGUUUGAGACCUGUUCCAAGGAGAGGAUUCAGCCCUUUGACGAUGAUGAUGAUGAAGAAGACAUCUGGGAGGAGAAGGAGAUGAAAUUUGCAACACAAACCAAGUCCCGUAACAGGUUCGGUGGGUUACGAUCAUCCCAGAGCCCUGCAGCCAGUAAAGAUUGUGAUAGGACUGAAGCUUCUGCCCCUGAGGCUUCUGACACUGCAGCAGACUCUGACUCAGUGGAAGGAGAGAAGCCCAAAGAUGACCUAGAUCCUUUCUCAAGCCAGGGCCAAACCGAUGGAACUAAGAGUAGUGGCUGGAUAGCAGACUUUGAGGAGGCGAACUCGAAGGCUCCUUCAUUAGGAGGGGGUUUUUCUGCCUGGGACACUCCAGACUCCAAACCAGCCGGCGCAGAGGACAAAGGUUGGGCCAAGUUCACUGACUUCCAGCCUUUCUGUUGCUCUGAAACCGGCCCUAGAUGUAGUUCUCCCGUGGACUCUGAGCUCAGCGGAUCAGGCAACACUAAACCAAAUCAGAACCCAUGUGUGUGGAGUGUUUGUGUGGCGAGAAAAGCUCCACUGGUAGCGUCAGACAGCUCUUCCUCCAGCAGCUCAGACAGUGAUGAGGAGGUAGGAAAGACUCUUCGCGAGUCGUCAACCAGCGACACGGUCACCACUGAAACCAUCACAACUGGGGCUGGAAAGGAGACAAUUCGGCUCACCGUGGACGCCAAAAAUGAAAGGGCAGUCUUCAGCAGAGUAUUCAGACCAGCAGUCAGACGUGAAGCAGUUACGGUGCCAGGUGAAGGACUCUCCAUGAAAGACGAGGGGAAAAGCAACAAAAAGGACAGCAAAAAGGAAAAGCGUUGUGGAGACUGUCCUAACCCGACGACCGCCAGUGCAACGGACCAGUCGUCUGCUGUCACACAGGAAACGCAGGCAUCAGCUAAUGGACCGGCCUAACGAUGUAUCAAAGACACACACACAAACACACACAUACAGUCAUACCUCUCCAUUCAACACACAACCAGCUUAGCUUUGUGUUAGCAGCCCUCACAUAUCUGAAGAAUGAUAUCUACUCCAUGUGGAGGUCAAAAAAGCCCUGAGUGACACAUAUUUACACACAUGUACAUUGAUCUCUUCUACCUUCUCAUGACUAAAUUAGAACUGAACCCCUGGAAUGAAUGUAUAUUUUAGACAACAUCGCCCGUCUGUUUUGAUGAGCGAUGUGUGCUUUGAAGGCCAGCCGUGGCACUUCAAAGAAGACAAAAACCGAAGUCUAAAAUUUGACCUUUAUCAAACUCGCCAUCAAAUUUCCGAUUGUUUGAGCAAAGCCGCUCUCUGGGCAUUUAAUCGCAGCCCAGAGUAUUUUCUCUGUUCGAGCAUUUGACUGUUUACACUUCAGUAUAAACUGUAUUCAAAUAAUUAGUCAAAAUUCCAAAAGCCAAGAUGCUUGCAAAGCUAGCAGCCAUUUUCUCUUCUGCAUUUCAUGCCAGAUAUUUUAUUGGUACAAAUGUGAGUGAUAAUUUGGCUUUUUUUAUACAUGCAACUAAAAUUAUUUCGCAAUACAAGUAAGAUUUAUUUGACUUGAUCAUGCAAAACAUUUACCCUCUCUUUAGGAAAAUAAGUGUUUUUAUUAGGAGCCUCAGAUUUGGGGAUACUGUGACUCUUCCUCAAUGUUGAAAAGUGUGUGUGCGCUGUUGUGUGUGUGUGUGACCUCUGCCUGAUGUACAGAGUGUAUUCUCAGGCCACACCAGUGUAACACACACACACACACACAUACAGAUGACGCUGUACACCCAUGUAUACACAACUAAUUCCUUACAUGCGUGCAAAGAAACCUGAUGUCCGCACACCGAGUCAUAUCACCCUCUGAGCUGUUGAAAUGUAAUAUUGUGAAAUUUGAUUUGGUGUGUAUUAGGUUGUGGCUAUCCUUGGUAAUAUGUAAACGUAAUAUAAACCGUAUAUAUGAACAUUAUAUCUAUUUUUGGAAUAAAUCCAAUGUAUGGAAAGGCGGUUGUUUGCAGGUGGCAACUUGUGUAGGUAUUGUGUGUGUUGUACUGUUGAAAUGAGGCAAUAAUGAUAUCUGUGUUUCAGUUAAUACCCCGGCAUCAGUUCCUGUUGCACAACCUCUACGUAGGAGAGGUUGUGUCGGUGUGCGUGAAAUGAGAGUUAGUAGUCUGGUUUUUGUCCUCAUUAUUUUAAGUAUAAUGCUGGUUAAGAGCUUGGGUCUUAUUUUCAUUCUGUUUGAAACAAAAUACUUGGUUAACAAAUCUUUAUUGGAGGAAGAAAUAGUUGAUGGCCAUUGAAAUAAUACCAAAACUGAUGCUUCAACCUAUGUUCAUCCUCAUGUUGGUAUUAUUUGUAUGCCUAUACUUACUUCUCCCAGUAGAGCUUAACACGGUUGUUGAUUUGUUGUAGUUCAUCAGAAGAAAACUAUUUAGCAUAGCACACAUUUUGAUCAUCAAUUCGGCAUUAAUGAUCUUUUGGGGCAAACGUCACCUUAUUCGUUUCCAAAUUUGCAGUUUCUAUUCAUCCAAUGUUCUAACUAACUUUUGAUUUUGGACUGUUUUGAUUUUUAGAAAAUGAUUGAUCUAGGCGAGUUUUAGGAUAGUUUAUCGACCGACUGAUGAUCAGUAAACUAAUCGUACACUGCAGACUAUCAACACGUUAAGGUUGUUUAUAUAACCCUGAAUUAUUUGCUUGUUUAAAAACCGGUUGGAUUGCUGAUGUUCUCCUUUUCAUUUAUUAUACCUGGUUAACUACAAUCCAAUCAUAACACUAACAAGACCCAAGUUGUUGUAAACCAGUGUUCUUCUUCAGGUUUGCCUGUGCCAGACACUUUUGCUUUAUUACGUCUUUCUUCUUGUAAUUGCAUAUAUGCCGAUGGAACAAUUUGCAUUGUUGUAUUUAUUUAAAAAGCACUUUUUCAAGAAGCACUUUCGGUUUGUAUUUUGGUGAUGCCAAGCACCGCCACACUUUGAACGUUUGACUUCAACCAGUAAAUGAUGUAGAUACUUUAUAAUACUUUUUCUUCAAUGCGUUCUGCCAAAGUGUGUCUUCCCACAAGUGUUACAACUGGCUUUCAUAUCUGUGAAGCAACGGCGUCUCGGUCAAGCUGAGCCAGUCUUUGUUUGUUCCCUCUCCUUUUGUUUUCGUCAUGAGAUGGAGUUAUCCACAGUAAGAGAGGAUGUCAAAGAAAGACUGAGAAAUUCAUCUUGGACCACAGAUAUUUUAGCUUUUAUUAUGUUUUACACUUUGAUGUGUUUUGAAGUGGCGGUGUGUAAAAUAAGCGUUGGUUUGAGUCAGGGUUAGAGGAGAAACUCCUUGAGAGGGCUGCGUGCGCAGUGUAGCUACGGGUAGGAUGUGAUCUUAUGCAUAAUGGCAUGAGGAACAAUACGUUUAUCUUUAAGUGCCAGUAAGUUUGCACAUUAGCCUCAUUCACCUCGUCGGGAAUGUGCUGGAUCGUACAGUGUAUGCAGAAAACUUGAAUUCAGAGACGAUGGGUAUUAAAUUGUUACUUCAUCCGAUUGUCUGUUCUGCGGCCAUUUCAAACUUUAAAUCUUCCUUGGAUUAUGUGUGUGUGUGUGUGUGUGUGUGUGUGGGGACUGAUGCUGGUGGGGUUUUUUUUGUUUCCUUUCUUCUCCUUCAUUUAGGGAGUAAUGUGUCUGUUUCCUGUUGUCAUUUUUGCUUGUACAUUCAGAUAUGAACCUAAUAAAUAUGUCAGACCAAGAAUAA